CCACAAGCUUCGAAGAAGAAAGAAACAAAGGUCCUCGCAUCUCCCCCUCUCACUACAAGAGCACAAGAGCACCAUGGGAUCCCUUUUAGACGAAAAGACAAUGGUAUUGACCCAAGCCGAGAUCCGAUGGGCGUGGGCAAUCAAACAUGCAAUCAAAGAUUCCAACGAUAAGAGUAGCCAAAACGACAAAGGCGACAAAAGUAGACCGUUUCUCAAGGAAGUUUCCGACUACGAGCUUGCCCAUUUGGCCAUGGUGACUCACGGAGAUGUGGACGAUGCCUUGGAACGGGUGGAAAAGAUUCAAUAUUUCAAAGAAGAGUAUCGAAUAAGCGAUUCAGCAGAAGAGGGAAUGUUCCUCUUGGAAGCUCUGCAACGCCAGCAGCCCUGGUUUGUCGUCAACCUGGAGUACUGUAAGGAGCAUGGGCACUUUACUCAAGUGUACGACUACGCCAAAUUGAAUCCAGCCGCUGUAGACUACCCGAAUGACUGGAGGGUGUGGCUGGGUGGUCUGUAUUACAUUGGAAUGGUGUGCCAUUCCAACCUCUUGGCAUGUCGGGAGGGAGUGGUCGUUAUUGGAGAAUGCGAAGGGAUGGAAUACCGAAACUUUAGUGUCGAAUUACUGCGACGGACAUGGUAUCAUUUGGUGGAAUUCUCUCCGCAUAUUUACAAGGAAUAUACCUGGCUGCACACACCCAUGGUGGGAAAUCUACAACAAUCCUUUGUCAAUUCACUCAUGAGUCCUACAUUUGGUGACAGUCGCAUUCUGGUGGGGUGUCAAUUCACGGGAUACGAGGGGCGACUCGAUGAAUUGUUCAAAUGUCCCACCGAGGAAGCGGCUCUGGCACGGCUCAUGGACACUUGCUUCGCGAGCUUGACGCGAUUUCGCCCAGGAACCAAAUGCCCGUUGGCCGAUUUCGCCAUGGUUCAAGCGCUCCCCUUAUUCAUGGGUGGUGUCCUGUUGGCGACUGCAACGGGAAGAAAGGCAGGCGUCUACACUACUGUAUGCCUGUGUCAGCAAAGCCAUGUGUUGAAAAUGCCGUCCUAG